CCUUUGCCCUUUUUACAAAUAUCUAAGCAUAGAAGGAUACAAUACAGACCCUGCAGUGAUGUGAACAAUAACAAAAAGGAGACAUUUUGCCCAUGAAGAAAACUUAUUUUUACAAAAAUCAACCAGUCGUGACUCACAUUAGCAAUCAGAAAGCAGCUAUUUCACGUCUCCUUUCGCCUUAUCAAAAACAUUUAUCAAAAGCUGGUCCAAUUUUUUUUUAACAUUCCCCGGAGUGAGGGAUUACUAUAAGAUCACAAAUGGGGCUGUAAAUCUCUCCAACAUUACAUCCUGCCUUUUCUCGGGGUGAGGACGUUUGAGAUUUUCUGCUGGAUUUGAGGGCUUCACCACCUCACAAACUCCUUCAGUCGGCCGAGCCGUCAGUCAAUUUCGAGGUAACUACUAAAGCGAUCCGUCUCCGAGAACCGAACUUGUUGAUUUUCCUGCAGCACACAAACCCCGAGCGCUUAUCUGAGUCUGACACAUGAGCAAUAAAAGCGCACAUCUGCUGCAGCCUUCAUCUGUGAGAGGAGCGCGCAACGCAACAACUCCUGAGAGGAGGCGCACAGUCUGUCGAAGUACUACCCUGCCACUAAAAUCUGGGAAAUUGAGCAUAAGGUCCACACCGUCCUCUCGGGAUGGAGGGCACAGGCAGCAGCUGGACAGCCGAGCACAGCGCCACAUACGUGGAGCGCGGCGACGGCGGGAACGACACGGCUCCGGUGUUUGAGGUGGUGCUGCAGAACAGCUCCUCCGCGCGCAUCCCUCAGUUUGCUGGUGUGGAGCUACUUCAGUCAUUCAAGCUGCUUAUAAUACCCUGCUACACCCUUGUGGCCAUCGUUGGCAUCUUUGGCAAUUACCUCCUCCUCUAUGUGAUAUGCCGCACGCGCAAGAUGCACAACGUCAUCAACUUCUUCAUUGGAAAUCUGGCUUUCUCUGACAUGCUGAUGUGCGCCACGUGCGUCCCCUUCACUCUGGCCUACGCUUUCAACCCUCAUGGCUGGGUGUUCGGCCGGUUCAUGUGCUACCUGGUGUACCUCAUCCAGCCGGUGACAGUUUACGUGUCGGUGUUCACGCUUACUGCCAUCGGCGUGGACAGAUAUUAUGCCACCGUUCACCCGCUGAAGAAGCGAAUCUCAGUGUUGGCGUGCACCUACCUUCUGUCUGGGAUCUGGCUGCUGUCCUGUGGCCUCGUGGCUCCUGCUGUGGCUCACACCUACCACGUGGAGUUCAAGAACGAGGGCUUCACCAUCUGCGAGGAAUUCUGGAUGGGUCAGGAGAGAGAGCGGCUGGCUUACGCCUACAGCACUCUCCUCAUCACUUACGUCCUGCCUCUGUCGGCGCUCUGCAUCUCCUACUUGUGCAUCUCGGUCAAGCUGAGGAACUGCGUCGUACCGGGUCACCACACCCAGAGCCAGGCGGAGGCUCAGCGCCUGCGCAAGCGCAAGACGUUUCGCCUUGUGAGUCUCGUGGUUGCAGCUUUUGGCAUCUGCUGGAUGCCCAUUAGCGUGUUCAACGUCCUGCGUGACAUUGACAUUGAUCUUAUUGAUAAGCACUACUUUCUGCUCAUUCAGCUGCUCUGCCAUCUGUGCGCAAUGAGCUCGUCUUGUUGUAACCCUUUCCUCUACGCAUGGCUGCACGACCGCUUUCGCGCCGAGCUUCGCAAAAUGUUCACAUGCCGCCGGCGGAUUGGCAUCUCUGCCAACAACUGCGCCACAGCCAGCGUGGUUUUGUGAAGUUCCUCUGCUUUGUGCCACAGUCAAGUAGAGUCAUCUCAUUCUGAUAACUGUCUAAGGUAGAUCUGUUCAAGUGCAGAGGAGAUCUUGCACUUGAACAGAUCUCACUUUGCCUUUAAAAAAAAAAAAACAGACCCUUGUUCUACACUUUGCUUUGCACAACUAGGCGAUUUUUUACUACGGAGAAACAAAUGAUUGCUUCCUGUAGGCGUGGAUUGUUUGAGGUUUUAAAUUUCAUCCAGUCGCUAACAUUUGGCCAUGACGUAUCUAUGAAGCUUAUUAGAAAUUGCCUGCACUGUGAACAACUAUCCUCCACUGUGAACAGAGAAGUGCCGAGCAGAACGAGGCUGCUGUUGAUGUUAAUUCGAUAUUUGAAAACGUGACCAACAUAGACUGAACGGCUGCGUUCAUGUCCUGCGCUGCCGUUGCUAAAACUACUGGCAGUCUACGAUUCUAAAACAGUGCAGAAAAUCUACAUCAUCGUUCACAACUUCUCCUUCUGUUCGCUGAUUGGCCAGGAUGAAUUUCAACCAGAGAAAUCGAGAUCAAUAGAAGAAAGCCCAGACAGAGCACUAAAGGGAGAUUAGAAACUAACGUAUUUGUGUAGAAAGGCAAUAGCCAGGCUAGCUCCAAACUCAGUGUAGCCAUAUAAUAUAAAAAUGUAAAGUGUCCCAUUUUGUCAAGUGUUUUUUACUUACACACUGAACUGAAAAUAAAAUCAACUAAAUGUAUGGUAUAUUGCUGGGAUGUCAAAUUUGCUUGCUUUCUUUUUUAUUUAUUUAUGUUAAUAUGUUAAACAAAUAAUUGUGUAUAGUUUAAGCCUAGGUUUCUGUUAACUUUCAUAAUUAUGGCUUACAGCUUUAAUCCAAACCUGAAAUUCAGUUUCCCCAUACAAUUCUUACUGUUAUGGUUUGUCCUACAUGAUUAUGGAGGGAGAUUAAUGACUUACAGAUUAUCUGGAAGACAGUCUCCACAUGUAGCGUAAGCCACAAAAAGUCAUUUCUAAACAAGCUGGAUGUUCAGCGAAUGCUUAAUCAAGCAAGCUAUUGGAAAGUUGAUUGGAAGGCAAAGGUACAGUAAAAAACAACGCUUGAGCAAUGUUUUUCAAAUCAACAAUCCUUUCAAGAUUGUUGUAAAAUCAACAAUCUUGAAAGGAUUGCAAAGCUAAGUCCAUUCAAGAGUUUGGUGGAAAUUCACAAGACAUGGAAUGUGGGUGGAAUCAGUGCUUCAAGAGCCACCAGACACAGGCGUAUCCAUCUGUCACAUUCCUUGUGUUAGGCCACCUGUAAAACCAGACACAAUGUAAGAAGAGCCUCACCCGGGCAAAAAGUUUUUCUACAUGGUUUAACUGAUGUAGAUAUGUUUUUUUUUUAAACAUAUUACUGGCCAUUUAAAGAUUUGCCUUCUCUUUUCACACUAUAACAAUUCUAAUGUUGCGUUGUGAUACUGUAUGAGUGUUGCUAAUUGGUUGAAUAAGCAGCUUGAUAUUUCAUCAGGGGCGUUCAUAACAGAGACAUCCAAUGGUUGAUCACAUGCAGCAGCCACUUACUGGCAAUAAAAGACAGAAAGAUUAAAUGUGAGCGCGCUGUGGUGUGAUGGUGCAGCGCCGCAUCACACCAUCACUUCUGGGUCUAAAAGCAUGAAUGCUGGGUUAAUUUUAGACCUGUAAUUGUAGGCCUGAGUGUGUUUGUAUAUGGUUGUUUUCUGAUGGAUGAGCAAUGUGUUCAGAGUUCGUCCCACCGUAAACACAACUAUGAGCAAAGUGAGUACAGAAAAUGAUUGAGUUAAGAAUCGUCGGUGCCAAAAAACUUGCAUUGAUCAUUACAGGUGAUCUUGAGUGUUAUUUAAAGAUAUCCUCCAGUUGUGUGUUUUAUUUCCACUAAAUGUAUUCUGACUUUAAAAAAACAGUAUAGAUUCCACACCCCAAAACACCCUAAAUAAAUAAAUGCUAAUUCCUCUUUGUGUAUUUUAUGACAUCACAAGAGGCAUGUGAAUUGAGCUGCACUAUGGCAGAUGAGCAACGUUUAGAAUAUUAUAAAAAAAUAUAUUUGUAUAAUACAGUAUUUUCCAGUGUUGCUGGAUGUUUCAACAUUACAGGCUUGUACCAUGAACUGUGAGUAUUUUCAGCUUCAAUGAAUUGAGUACACCAGCACUGAUGCCUGUCUGAUACUUCAGCUUAUUCUAACAGUUUCUUGGUUUCUGAGCACCAAGAAGUGGGAGUUUUGUCUCCUGUCUUUCCUUUACUGUUGAUUAGACUGAUGACAUCAAAGGCCUUCUUCCUUUUUGCUUGUCUAAACCAUGGCUGAAAGGUCCUUCUUAUUUUACAAUAAUGACCUGCAAGUAAACAUGAAAAAAUAAUGAUUAAAGUACAGGCAUUUCUUCCUUUAAAAAAGUGUUUUCAACAUGAAAGUUUUCAAAAGUUGUGUGUUGCCAGGUAGCUUCUAUUACAUCGAAGUGUUUGUCUUAUAGGUGAGUAUGAGACGGAGGCAUGUGCUUUUCUGAAAUAACCCGUUUGGUCCAAAUAAGAAUAUUUAUCAAUCUUUGAUGGCAAAUUUUAGACUGGUAGCACUGGUGAUUUGUUUUUUUUAAAGAAAUACCUUUACAUACAUUUCUGGAGUUCCUCUUUUUACCUGAACAUUAAACAUGAUUGUUGACCAUCUGCACCUUGCAGGAUGUUUAAUCUCUUAGACAAGUCAACAUUUAUCUAUUUUUCACCAUUAUUCUCAUACCCAGAUAAGAACAGGAUUUAAAAACGGAGAAAAAAAACAAACAAACUUGGAUUGUUUGAUUUAGUACAAGCUGUUGCAAUAGGUCAUGUCAUUACAUGUUUCCAUGGAAACACCUUGGAUCUGUAUCUUGUUGGUUAUGACAAUAGGCAACAUUGUUUUCUUAGUGUAAUUCAAAACUGGCACAAGUGGGAAAACCCAGCACCUUGCUUUGAAACCAAUUAAAGAUUGUAGCUAUAAAUGGCACAAAUCUUUUGUUUUGGUACCAAAUUCCAUAUUAUAGUUUCUUUAGACGAAAUAUAAAAUAGAUCUUCUUGAUACUGUCGAACAGAAAACAUCUCAGACAAACAAUCUGGUAAUAUUUAAGUGUCUUUAUUCCAAAUAAAGCAAAAUUACAGAUUUUUUAUGUACCAAUAUGUUGGAUAAAUACUUCAUCAAGCUAUGCAUUCCAGAGAUGAAGUCCAUCAAAUCUUUGG